UUAAACUGUUUUUUGACAGUCGCCGUGAUCGCAGAAGGCGUGCAGUUGAAAUGGAAAAUAUGGCUAGUAGGCCAUUUUCAAAAGUACUUGUUUUUAUUGAUCCAGUGAAGUCGGCCAUUUCACCUAUAAUACCACCUAGGAGGCCCAAUAAUAGACUCCCUAAGUUAUCCAGGAGAGGUCAUGACUCAUUAACAAGACCAAAGAGCCCUCCACCAGAGGAGGCGUUUAAAAUAUAUCCACUAGCAGCGGAGCCGACUGAUGAUGGCAUAUCGGCAGUAACUACUGUUAUGUUCUGCCUUCCUGGUGGUAGCACUGCUCCAGUACGGGGCUGCUUGGGGUCCUCACUAGUGAUACUACGCUCACCUAAUCGCAUGACUGAAACACGACCACCACCACGGCCGAAACCAAGCAUGCAUAUGAGGAUGCAGCCUCCCAGGGUUCCCGUGCAUGUGUAGUAAUAGUUUUCAGUCUGUAUCACCCUUUGAACGUCUCGUUAAUUUUGCCACCAUUCAUAAAAAUCUGUAUAAUUUGAGCAAAAACUGUAGCCAACAGAAAAUUAUGUCUAUUUAGCUCAAAAUAACAAAAAAUUUACAAAUUAGCAAUCAUUUUUGUUGAAAAAUGCAGACAUUCAGAGGGUCAUAUUAGAUGAGCCGAGUACCACCAAGUAUCAAAAAAACAUGGUGCUUUUCCGUCAUACAACAUUAUUUUCAUUAAAGUUUCUA